AUGCUGCGCCGGCCGGUCACUUCCGUCGUGGCGGGCACGGCGGCGGUCGCUUUUGCCGCGAGGCGCUCCUACCGCAUUAUUCCCCACGUGUACAAUGAGAUUGAGGAGCUGGCGGAGACGCAGCAGGCCGGCCGCUGGCAAAUCUCCCACCGUAAUUGUCUGCAGCAGCCUUUGAAGCGGGCGGAAAUUAUGUGCGACAAACUGAACUACCGCGAGAAGCGUCGCAUGGGGAAACUCCCAGAGAAGUCGGUGGCGCGUCGUUUAAGUCAGACGUACGCCGUGGAUGGGAAGGUGCAUGAAAGCAAGUACAAGACCAAGCUGAUUAACAUCACCAUUGUUGGCUUUGACGGCCACCCGUACCACUUUCGCCUGUACCCAAUGCCGGACGUUACCCUCAACACGUUGAUUGAUGGCUCUGGCAUGUGCCACGGCUUCGCCCACUACUGGGGAAAGUGCAACAACCCGGACUGCUCCGACUGGCACCAUGGCGACGGGUGCAUGGUGAACGUCGACAUCGAGACCCUCGACAGACUGCUGCCCCCGAAUCGCUGGGAGUACACGUCACUCACCAACUGGCGCUCGAUGGACCGCCCUGACAUCACCUACAACACACGCUUCAGCUGCCAGAUUCCCAUCACGGAGGAGCUUGAUGGCGGUCUGUUUGCGCUGAAGCAGUACUGGACGCGGGCGCUGCGGGAGUCUGUGUCGGACUGGGGUCUUGUGGACGACAUUGGCACCGUUCAAGGGUCGCGAAGUAAAAGGAUCGAGCCCUGGGCGCCAAUCAUUGAGGAGCCGACGCAGGUAGAUUUUCCCAUCACGCUUGACAUGUUGUGGGCGCAAAGUUACCAGGACAUUAUGAAGGCGAAGUACCCGGAGCUAAAGCGGAAGGACGGUUUCCACACAAAGCCUGAGAUGUGGGCGGCGUAUGUGUAG